AUGAGAUUAAACGCGGCCACCAUGCUUGGUCAGGGAAAGAACAUCGUGCAGGCCGAGAUUGAUUCUGCCUGUGAAUUGAUAGACUUCUUCCGUUUCAAUUCUAAGUUCGCAUUAGAUUUGGAGAAGUAUGAACCGAUAAGUACAAAAAUCAGUACCAAUAAGUUGGUUUAUCGAGGUUUGGAGGGUUUCGUUUUGGCCGUAGCGCCGUUCAACUUUACGGCGAUUGGCGGUAAUUUGGCGACAUCGCCGGCUCUAAUGGGUAACGUUGUUUUGUGGAAGCCUUCCCGUACAGCGGUCCUCAGCAAUUACGUUAUAUAUGAAGUGCUAGAAGAAGCCGGUGUCCCUCCUGGAGUAAUCGCUUAUCUUCCUUCGCGCGGGGCUGACUUCGGUAAGGUCAUCUUCACCAGUGAACAUUUGAGAUGUGGACCGGCAAGAAUUUCACCUUUUGUGCAUCCGUCAGCGAACGCAGAUGUGGUGGCUGCUUGCACUGUUCGUUCCGCUUGGGAAUACGGUGGUCAGAAAUGCUCUGCUUGUUCACGGCUAUAUGUUCCAAAAAGUCGAUGGCAAGAAAUUUUCAAGAAGAUUUCAGAAAUUCACAAGCAAAUCAAGAUUGGCGAUGUACGAGACGGCUCAAUUUUCUUCUCCGCUGUGAUUGACAAAGCUUCUUUUGAUAACAUCAGAAGCUACAUAGAAUAUGCGAAGAGUGGCGCGGACGGCGCGGAAAUUCUCCUUGGCGGGAACUGUGAUGACAGCAAAGGAUAUUUCAUCGAUGCUACCCUCGUAAAAACGACCAAUUUGAAAAGCAAGCUUAUCAGCGAGGAAAUUUUCGGGCCUGUUCUCACUGUCUAUGUGUAUGAUGAUAGCGAACUCGAAACAAUCCUCAAUUCUAUAAAGGAUCAUACUCCUUUUGGGCUCACUGGUGCAGUCUUUUCCUACGAUCAAGAUUUCUUGAAUCACGCACGUACUGUAUUGCGUGAUGCAGUUGGAAAUAUGUACUUUAACGACAAGUCGACUGGAGCAGUUGUAGGGCAACAGCCUUUUGGAGGAGCUCGUAUGUCCGGAACAAAUGACAAGCAGAGGGGGCCAUCAUUAUGGCCUCAGAUGGGCGUCUCCGCUCACAAUCAAGGAAACAAGUGCACCUCUUACUGA